UGUAAUGUUGUACAUUUUGUAAGUUUAACAUCAUGGCAAUAAGUAAGUGUUUUUGGAUGUAUAAAACUGUAUUCACGAAGAUGGCCCUGUAUAAAUGUAUAUAAACUGUUUAUACAUACAUAUAGCUGUGGUAUUAUUACAGAUUGAGAAGUACAUAUUGAUAUGAAUGGAACAUAAUGUGAAACAGAGAAGUGAGAAAUGGUUUGAACUGAGGAGAGGUAUGGUGGUAACCGCCUCAAGGUUUGCUGAUGCCAUAGGUGCUGGGAAGGGGAAAGCUUAUGAUUUCCUUAAAAGUCUGUUGAACGAUGAUGCAUGUAGAGAUGAAGGUAACAUGUUUACAGAUCAUGGAACCAAGAUGGAGCCUAUAAUACAUGAAGCAUAUGAUCUACUCACUGGAAACAUGACCAGAGAAUCUGGAUUCUGGACCAUACUGCAGGAUGACAAUCCUUUGAAAGAUAAAGUAGGGGUGUCUCCAGAUGCCGUGGUAAUUGAUCCAGUUACAAGAAAACUUGCUGGGAUAUGUGAGUUUAAGGCUCCAGUAUAUAGCAUGUACAGAGAUAUUCCCAGACAGUAUUUGAUACAGAUGCAUGGUCAGAUGGCGGUAUCAGGUCUCUUAUGGUGUGAUUUUAUGGCAAUUUGUAUUUUAAAAAGGGAGAUAAUGUUGAAAAGAGUUCAUUUUUGUCCUCAGUUCUGGAACUUUAUAGCUGGUCAUCUGCUACAGUUCAUCCUGGCUUAUAAGGAUAUUCAAUCUGUAAAGAUACAAAAUAGUGACUUCAAUAAGAACAUAGAAAUUGUCAAACAAUGGAAUAAUGAUUCACUACUGCCAUUUGAAAAUAAAAUCCAGGUGACUGAAUUAUUACAACAGAAAGGUGAUCUAUUCAGGGGACCAUCUGGUCAUUGGAUGAACUUUGACUUCCUAGUAGGGUCAUAUGAAUUGAAUGACCUUAUUCAGAGGAAAAUAAAUUAUGAUGAAGAAAUACGCAAAAUUGAUGAAGCAAUUGAAGAUGAGAAAAAUUUUGAGGCAGAAAUCCUUGCAUGUGACUUUUGAUCAAAAUUGCUCAUUGUGUUGACUUAUUGUUUAUCUUGUUUGUACGGUUUUGAGGAAUUUGUUAAUGAAAUAAAAUGAGGUAAUUAU